ACAAAUUCUACGUUGUACAGUACCUACCACGAGAAAAUUGAUUUAAUUGAACAAUUGAGCUUAAAUAGGUACGUCGCUGGUUCGUAUAUUUAGAUAAUGAUUUAUAAAGUAACCAGUUAUACGGAAAAUCGUCAAACUGUCGUGUCGAAUAAUAAAUAAAACAUAAAUACAGCGAUGGCUUACAAAUCGGAGAGCCUCGUGGAAUACGUACUGAUACACUACAGAUGGGUGUUUGUGUGUUUGUUUUUACUACCGGCGUCGUUUUUCUUCGAUAUAUGGAUGUACGUCAGGAAUUGGCUGGUGUUCAAAUUUAGCAGUGCCCCAAAGAAACACGGCAGCAAAGUGUUGUUUGUGCAAAGACAGAUACAGGAGUGGAACAAAGAUGGUCAAAAAAAGCAAAUUUGCACUGCUCGACCAGGCUGGCAAACCAUCAGUUUUCGAAGACCAAUUUAUAAAAACAAUAUGUACAAAGUCGAAGUAAAUCUGGUCGACAUUUUGGAGGUGAACGCUAAAAAGAAGCUCGUCAAGGCGGAACCUCUGGUAACUAUGGGACAACUCACAGCAACUCUUAACCCCUUAGGCUGGACGAUUCCAGUACUGCCCGAAAUGGACGACCUUACAUUGGGAGGAUUGAUAAUGGGAACAGGGAUCGAAUCCUCCUCCCACAUAUACGGUCUAUUCCAACACAUCUGCUUAUCCUACGAACUGGUUCUGUGUGAUGGAAGCGUUGUUAGGUGCUCUCCGGAAGACAAUCCCGAUCUGUUUUACUCGGUUCCUUGGUCUUACGGGACGUUAGGAAUACUGACAGCUGUGGAGAUUAAGAUGAUUCCAGCUAGGAAAUAUGUCAAGUUAAAGUAUGAGGCAGUGAAAGGUUUAGGUAACAUCGCCAAGAGGUUCGAGGAGGUUAGUAAAGACACCAGGAAUGAAUUUGUGGAAGGCAUAGCGUUCAAUGAAGAUGAAGCUGUGAUUAUGACAGGGGUACAGACGGACCAACGUGAAGAAGAUAAGGUAACUGUAGCUUUAAUUACAUUGU